GCAGAGAUUUUCAUGCCCUGAAAACCAGGCACGUUAGCUUCUGCAACUGUGUCAUAAAAUUCUGUUCUCAGCCAUCAGAUACAUCAACUUCAUAUAGAGCAGAUCAGUGCUGGGGGAUCUAUUUUUUAAGAAGCUUGAGGACAACCUGCUGAAUUACUGAAAGAACCUAAUAAGCAUUACAUCAUGUGGGUGACAAGCCUGGUAGCCCUGGUCCUCCUGGCCACUUCAGCCUCAGCUGCCACCUCUGCAUCAGCAGACAAGGUCCUCAGUAACCAUGCUACCAUCCUGGCCAACAACAGCGCCAAGUUGGCUUUCAGUCUCUACCAAAACAUGGCAAAGGAAAAAAACAUAGAAAACAUUCUCAUUUCCCCUGUAGUAGUGGCCUCCUCUCUGGGUCUGGUGGCUCUAGGUGGAAAGGCCUCCACUGCCUCCCAGGUAAAAACCAUUCUGAAUGCUGCUAAAGUUAAAGAUGAGCAGCUGCACUCAGGUCUGGCAGAGCUCCUGACUGAGGUGAGCGACCCAAAGACCCGAAAUGUCACCUGGAAGAUUAGCAACCGUCUGUAUGGGCCCAACUCUGUCAACUUUGUGGAUGAUUUUGUCAAGAGCAGCAAAAAGCACUAUAACUGUGACCACUCCAAGAUCAACUUCAGAGAUAAGAAGAGCGCUGUGAACUCCAUCAAUGAGUGGGCAUCCAAGUCUACUGAUGGCAAACUGCCUGAGGUCACCAAGGAUGUAGAGAAGACUGAUGGGGCGAUGAUCAUCAAUGCUAUGUUUUUCAAACCUCACUGGAAUGAGCAGUUCCAUCAUCAGAUGGUGGACAACCGUGGAUUCAUGGUAUCCCGCGGCUACACAGUUUCAGUGCAGAUGAUGCACCGCACAGGUCUCUACGGCUUCUAUAAUGACAACACCAAUAAGCUGUCCGUCCUGAGCAUGCCUCUGGCUCAUAAGAAGUCCAGUGUGGUGUUCAUCAUGCCCCACCAUGUGGAACCUCUAGAGAGGCUGGAGAAGAUGCUGACAAAGAAGCAGAUGGAUACGUGGAUGGGCAAGUUGCAGCAGACAGCAGUAGCUGUGUCUCUACCCAAAGUCAGCAUGGAAGUCAGUCACAACCUGCAGAAGCACCUUGGGGAGCUGGGCCUGACAGAGGCUGUGGACAAGUCCAAAGCGGACUUCUCUAACAUUUCCGGGAAAAAGGACCUCUACCUAUCCAAUGUGUUCCACGCCUCUGCCAUGGAAUGGGACACUGAUGGAAAUGAAAUUGAUACCAGCAUCUUUGGCACAGACAAGCUGAAAAGCCCUAAACUGUUCUAUGCUGACCACCCUUUCAUCUUCUUAGUGAAGGACCAGAAGACAAACUCCAUCCUGUUUAUUGGCAGGAUGGUCAGGCCGAAGGGUGAAAAGAUGAGAGAUGAAUUGUGACCAUGGUUUGACCAGAGUGUCUAAAUUCAACAACUGACUUUGUGUGUGAGUGUAGAUUUUCUACUGCAAUAUGCUGAGAGAUGUGGUAAAUGAAAUAUGGGUUUGAUAUCGCACUAACGCAUUCCUAUGCAACAUAUUAAGCAGCAUUCCCAAGUACAUAGCAAGAGAAUUGUGCACACCCUUUAUUUUUAUCUUCAGAUCACGUUAUGUACUGAAGACUUACAAUAAUGCUUAAAAUGUAAAUGCACAGUUACUUUAAUGGAGGAGGAAAACACUGAGACUUUAUCAUCAGUAGAUGCUAGAGCAAAAAUGGUCUCUGUUGUGAUCAAGUCUUAACAAUCUUUGUAAGGGCGUACAACAGUCUUAAUAUUGAUUUGAUGUGCUCUCUGUUUAAUUUAACAAACCAUUGUCAAGCAUUGCUGCUUUGAAUUUUAAAGUCCAUUGGUCUUCACAAAUAUUUUGCCAUUCCUUUGCACUGCUUUCCACCACAGGCAUGUUUUUCUUUAACCGAGAAGCUACAACAACAGUUUUCUUGGUACUAAUCUACGCUGAAUGCACUACAAGAGCAUGUUCACACAUGGUUUACGGCUGUUACAAAUUUCCUGUUUUUUCAAUAAAAAUGUGAAAAAUG